AGAUGUUUCUUUUUUCCCCCGUGAUAAGUUCUUAAAUUGAGAAAGCUGUCCUAGCUAAGACCCACUGCCAUGCUCAAGAGGUGUGGCCAGUCUGGGCACCAUCUUCUUGUUCCUGACCAUAGAGAAGAGCUUUCGAUCUUUUACUCAACACGUCCAACGCCUUGGCCACCGCGGCGUGCCAGCGCUGCCAGGCCCGCUUCGCCCCCACCGAGCGGAUGGUCAGCAGCAGCGGGGAGCUGUUCCACGAGCACUGCUUCGUGUGCGCCCAGUGCUUCCGGCCCUUCCCUGAGGGCCUCUUCUACGAGUUCGAAGGCCGGAAGUAUUGCGAGCACGACUUCCAGAUGCUGUUUGCUCCCUGCUGCGGAUCCUGUGGCGAGUUCAUCGUGGGCCGGGUCAUCAAGGCCGUGAACCGCAGCUGGCACCCAGGGUGCUUCCUCUGUGAGCUGUGUGGCGUGCAGCUGGCCGACCUGGGUUUCGUGAGGAACGCGGGCAGACACCUGUGCCGGCCAUGCCACAACCGUGAGAAAGCCAAGAGCCUGGGCAAGUACCUCUGCCAGCGGUGCCACCAGGUCAUCGAGGAGAAGCCCCUCAUGUUCAGGAGUGACGCGUACCACCCGGACCACUUCAGCUGCACCUUCUGCAGAAAGGAGCUGACAGCAGAGGCCCGGGAGCUGAAGGGGGAGCUGUGCUGCCUGCCCUGCCACGACAAGGUGGGCGUCCCUAUCUGCGGGGCCUGCCGCCGGCCCAUCGAGGGCCGCGUCGUCAACGCCCUGGGCAAGCAGUGGCACGUGGAGCACUUCGUCUGUGCCAAGUGUGAGAAGCCGUUCCUGGGGCACCGGCACUAUGAGAAGAAAGGUCUGGCCUACUGUGAGACCCACUACAGCCAGCUCUUUGGGGACGUCUGCUACAGCUGCAGCCACGUGAUCGAGGGUGAUGUAGUGUCAGCCCUCAACAAGGCCUGGUGUGUGCACUGCUUCUGCUGCUCUGCCUGCAACGGCAAGCUGGCCCUGAAGAGCAAGUUCGUGGAGUUUGACAUGAAGCCCGUGUGCAAGCGGUGCUACCACAACUUCCCGCUGGAGCUGAAGAGGCGGCUGAGGGCGCUGGCGGGCUCGGCUCGCUCCCAGGGCCCCAGGUCUGGGGGCCUGCGCCUCACCUGAGUGUCCUCGCUUCCCCUCCAUCUGCUGGCUCUGUUUCUGCAGCCCCUCUGCGCCUCCUCCCACCGCCCUCCUCCUGCCCUCUGGGGCACUGCCUCCCGUCCCGGUCCCUUCUCUUGCCUCUCCCCCUGCUCUGUCCCCUGCUGGGGCUCCUCGCCCUCCUCUGCGGCACAGGGCAGCCGGGCCCUUCGGGGCGUGAGCCCACAAGCUCUAGCCUGAAGUCUCCCAGGGGCAGAAGCAGAUCAGGAUGGAGGCCCCUGGCCCGGAUCUGGGCCACUGCUCCCCACCCUGCCGGUCCCAUCCCCGCAGGAGUGCUGGCUCCCACUCUUCCGAGGGGGCUUGGCCAGCUCUGCCCCAGAGGCCCCAAUGUGCACACACGCGGCCCCAGGGCCACAUGGAAGGGGCCCUUCAGUCCCUCAGCCACACUCUCACACAAGCAUCGAGGGUCCCUGUGCCUGACGGCUGGAGAGUCCUGCCUCCUCAUCCCGAACCAGCAGGAGGAACAAGGACCCCCUCCCAGCGCCCCAGGAGGCUUCCUUCCUGGAACCUGGUCACACUGUCCCAGGCUGGGGACAGUGUGGUCACUGCAGCCCUUCCAGCCCCCCCCCCCCAGGGCACACAUUAAACUUCUGGGCACAACUGAGGGCAGAAGGUGGUGGGGAUUCUUACCCCUGGGGAGGGCACUUCCUCUGUGGUCAACACAGGACUUGGUGUGACUCACUUGUACGUGGA